AUGGAGGUGUGGUGGCAUUGUGCAUGGUGCAGGGAGCACCACCCAACCAGCAACGCCAGAAGCCACCCUCAGCACCCGCGCUUACCCCUCAGCACCCGCGCUUACCCCUCAGCACCCGCGCUUACCCCUCAGCACCCGCGCUUACCCCUCAGCACCCGCGCUUACCCCUCAGCACCCGCGCUUACCCCUCAGCACCCGCACUUACCCCUCAGCACCCGCACUUACCCCUCAGCACCCGCACUCACCCACAACAGCACCCGCACUCACCCACAGCAGCCGCACUCACCCACAGCAGCACCCGCACUCACCCACAGCAGCACCCGCACUCACCCACAGCAGCAGCACUCACCCACAGCAGCACCCGCACUCACCCACAGCAGCACCCGCACUCACCCACAGCAGCACCCGCACUCACCCACAGCAGCACCCGCACUCACCCACAGCAGCAGCAGCACUCACCCACAGCAGCAGCAGCACUCACCCACAGCAGCAGCAGCACUCACCCACAGCAGCAGCAGCACGAUGUCUUCAGGAAGGCCCUGCAGCGACGAGACGUGGUGGAUGUUUGCCACUAUCGAAUCAGUGCAUAACGAGAACAGCCUGGGCGGGGAGGAGCAAGCGGAGGAGGCAGAGGAGGAGGAGGAGGAUAACGACGAUAGCGCGGAUGGUGCUGGUGGGACUGCCUCAGACCCCAUGUGCCCCGCUCGUGCUGACUCUCGUGCCACGGCUGCUGAUGGGGGCAUAGGCUCACCGCCUGCUGCUGUUGAUGGCCCUCCUAGGCUCACCACUCGCUCUUCGAUUGAGUCACCUCUGCUUAGAAUCACACUGAACCCGCCGUUUCUCGUCCCCAGCCCUCCCCCCCACCUUCCCCAUUCUGCUCCUCUCACCGAGUUCCCGCCCCCCCUCCCCCUCCCCCUCUCCCCCACCCUCCCCCUCUCUUCCGCCCUCCCCCGCGCUCCCCCUUCUCUCUCACACGGCAGCAUAGCCUCCUCGACCAGCGAUCCCCACGGCGUCACUAUCGCUCGCUUCGCGCUGCUCCCCCGCCCCCUCGCGUCACCUCCGCUUCCGCCACUACCAGCGCUGUGGUUUCCGCCCCGCCUUGCGCUCAUCCUGCUCUCGCCAUCGCCAUCGCGCAAAUCUACACCCGCCGCGCCAGCCCCCGACCCCACGUCAUCCCCUUCCCCACUAUCCGCCGCGCCCGCCCUGCCUCGCCCCUUUCCCUCCGCUAACCCCACACCCGCCCGCACAUCUCUCUCCGCCGCAACGGCCUCCGCCCGCUCGCUGAGCGAUUCUGUCGCUAGGGGGACGUCGGCAGCCGGUGCUGGAUCAACCAAACGAGGAGUCAUUAGCGGCGAGGGCGUCUUCGCGAAGCGGCGAGAAAAGAAGCAACAGAAAAAUCUGCUGAAUCAAGCGCACCAACAAGAACGACAGGAGGAGGAGGAGAAGUUACCGAGUAACCACGUGCAGCUGUUCGAUGAUCAGGGGGAGCAGGAGAGCGGGGCGGAGCAAGAGAGCGGCGCAGCAGCGACGCGGCCGUUCGUGUACGUGUAUGACCUGGGGGAGCAGCUGACGUCCAAAGUGCUGAAGCUGGAGCUGGAGUGGUACUCGGAGCAGUACGACCUGGAGAAGCACUUAACGGAGAUGCUUAUGAGGCGUACAGACAACCCCGUGCGCACCAUGGACCCCGAGCAGGCGUCGCUGUUCUUCGUGCCCUUCUACGUGUCGCGCUACCUCUUCUCCUUCUUCCAUAAUGACAAGAAGAACAUGCGCCAAUGCAUCGAGAAGAGCUCACGGGCAUGGACGAAAGUCCUGAAAGCCGUCUGCACCACCUUCCCCUACUUCAACCGCACCAACGGCCGAGAUCACUUUGGCAUCCUGACGCUCGAUCACGGCCGUUGCCACUCGCUCACGUUUGUGGAUCCACGGCUGGUGGGCGAGAUGUUCUUUGUCACGUACAAUGGAGACAAGCUCGUGCGCAGUGACCAUGCUGCUAACGAUCCCAGCAUGCAGCUCCUAUCAUACCAGUACGGCGCAGCAGCAGACCCCACCAUCCCCUCCAUCCCAUGCUACAUGGCGAACAGAGACAUCCCCGUGCCCGUGAUCGUGCGCGCCCAGGUGCCGUUCGUGUCUCCCUUUGCCACGCUGCGCAAGUGGACGGCUAUUUUCCGCUUCGUGGCGUCGCCCCACAAGCACGUGCUUCUGGACGUGCGCAGCAGAAUCAUCCAAGCAGCGAAGGAGGACAUGGCACCGGGGUGGGACAUGUUCCCCAAGAGCGAGGAGAGGACGGACCAGGACUGGCAGCACAGCGUCUUCUGCAUCUGCCCGCCCGGCCACUCCCAGUGGACCAGCCGCCCCUUCAAGGCGCUCAUCUCAGGGUGCAUCCCGGUGACGUUUUUCCGCGAGCAUGACAACCCGUGGCAGGACACACUCAACUACGAUGCGUUCUCUGUGAACAUCGACCCUGAUGACGUGCCGUCCAUGCGAGCGAGGCUGGAGCAGGCAGACGUGGCGAGGCUGCAGAAGGGCGUAGAGAAGGUGCAGGCACUCUUCCGGUGGUCGGGGUCAUGGAGCGAAGGAGCAGAGUCCAUGCUACUGCAGGGGUUGAGGACUAGAGUGGACUUCUUGCAGCGGUUUAAACAAGACUGA